AUGGACGCCUUCAAGGAGAAUGCGCCAGAUUCUGGCGGACAUCGCAGCCAACACUCCUCCUCGUUUGCUGCCAUUGGAGCUGCACUUAUUCCCACGGCCAUAACAGCAGCCAUUUUCUUAUUAGCAUUUGCGUCUCUGCGCUCGAGGUAUCGAAACAUCUACGCACCAAGGACGUAUUUCCGGACCAUCAACCACAAGGAUCGCACUCCAUCAUCGAGCCACACGUCCGUUUCCUGGUGGCAUGACUUCCGCGCGCUCGACGACAAAUUCGUUCUACGCCAUUCUUCCCUGGAGGCGUAUCUCUUCCUGCGGUUUCUCCGACUGACUGUCCUCAUCUGCGUGGUGGGCUGCUGUUUGACCUGGCCCAUUCUCUUUGCGGUCAACGCCACGGGAGGAGGUGGCGCGACGCAGCUGGACAGAAUCUCGUUCAGCAACGUCGCCGAUGGGAAGCGACUGUAUGCGCAUGCCGCCGUUGCCUGGGUCUUCUUUGGAUUUAUUUUACUUGUUAUCACCAGAGAAAGGCUCUUCGUUAUAGGCCUUCGUCAAGCUUACCAGACAAUUCCUGUAAAUGCGAGUCGACUCUCUUCUCGGGUGGUCCUGUACUUAAGCGUGCCUCCUGAGGGGCUUCGGGAUGAAAAUCUUCGUCGAUACUUUGGUGAGGAUGCUGUGAGGUCUUGGGUUGUCUCAAACAUGAGCAAGCUGGAAAAGUUGGUUCAGAAGAGGGACAAGAAGAUUGAUGGCCUGGAGGGCUCGGAACUGAAGCUCUUGAAGAAUGUCAACCGCAGCAAUGAUGAUGUCCGCGGCGACGUUGAUGCAAGCUCUAGCCAGCAACCGAAGCCGGUUAACGGAACGCAUCGACCUAAGCAUAAGUCAAAAUACCUUCUCGGAGAAGAGAUUGACAGCAUCUCGCGGCUGAGAGAAGACAUCACCUCUUUGAUUUCUGAAGUGGACAAAGUUCGACAGGCCGAAUCCAGCACACCUGGCAAAAGAACCGGAGCAAUAUUUGUCGAAUUCAAAGACCAACUUAGUGCGCAUCAGGCGUUUCAGCAAGUUCGACAUCCAUCACCCCUAACAUUGCAACCAAAGUACAUUGGCGUCCAGCCAAAAGAGAUCAUCUGGAAAAACCUCAAUCUCGACCCAUCACUCCGAAUCACAUACUCCUAUAUCGCGACAGCGCUCGCUGUUGCAACGAUAAUCUUCUGGUCCAUACCAGUCGGUAUAAUUGGUACAAUCUCCAACAUCAACUACCUCACGGACAAAUUUCACUUUCUACGAUUCAUCAAUAAUCUCCCGGACCCUAUCCUCGGACUGCUCACAGGUCUGGUGCCACCACUGCUACUCAGCUCCGUGGUGUCUUACGUACCGUAUCUCUUCCAAUAUGUGGCGACGCUGUCUGGCCAACCAACAAGCAAAUCAGCUGUCGAGUGGGCUCAAACGUGGUACUUUGCAUUCCAAGUGGUUCAAGUCUUCCUCAUUACAACUUUUUCUUCGGGGGCUGCCGCUCUAGCUACCAAGGUCGCAAACCAACCGACGACCAUUCCAACUUUGCUCGCAAAGAACCUACCGAAGGCAUCGAACUUCUAUUUGACCUACUUCAUCAUUCAGGGUCUCGGCACUGCAUCAAAGAAUGUUUUGAACUAUAGUGAUCUUUUCUCAUUCUUGUUCUUCUACUACGUCAUGAGCAAGACUCCGAGACAGAAAUUCAACACUUACGCGCAAAUGAAAGGAAUCAGCUGGUUCAACGUCUAUCCCAAAUUCACAAACUUGGCGGUCAUUGCCAUCGCUUAUUCGUGUAUUGCGCCUCUUGUCUUGGGGUUCGCAGCGGUCGGCUUGUUCCUGUUCUACUUGAGCUACCGCUACAAUCUCCUUUACGUGGUUCAAGUCAAGACUGAGACACGAGGGGAAAGCUACACGAGGAGCUUGCAGCACUUGAUGACAGGGGUCUACCUGGCAGAACUAUGCUUGAUUGGUUUGUUUGGGAUCAAGAAGGCGGCUGGCCCAUCCACUCUUGUUACAGUAUUGUUGGUCGUCACCGCUCUCUAUCAUCUGACUGUCAACAAAUACCUUUCCCCUCUGGAAAAGUACAUGCCAGUCGAUGUGUUGUCGGACGAGGACGAAGAGAGGCCGCUCUUACGAGACAUCCAGACCGAUCGAUCAUUGGUCUACAAGCUUGGCUCAGGAAAAGUCCCUGCGGUCUUACUCGACCCACUAGCCACUCUACUCGAGCCUCGCUUCUUCGCCUCACAGGAGGCGCUGCGACCGUGGCUGCAGGAUCCCGAGGGUGAAUCGGAAGAGCAGAAUUCCUACAGCGAUGAACAGCUCAAAAAUGCAUAUCUCCUGCCGGCGAUGACCUCGAAAACUCCCAAAGUUUGGAUCCCCAGAGAUAGGAAGGGGCUGUCGAAACGCGAGGUUGAUGAGAACGAAAAGGCAGGACUGCCUAGUACCGAUGAAGGUGCUGAGCUUGGCUCUUCGAAUGAGAUCAUAUGGAACCACGAUGAUUUCACGACAGUGCCAAUUUUCAAGCAGGCCACGCGAUACUGA